AUGGAGAACGAGGGCGAGUACUUCCUCAAGGUGCUGAUCCCCAGCUACGCGGCCGGCUCCAUCAUUGGCAAGGGCGGGCAGACUAUCGUGCAGCUGCAGAAGGAGACGGGGGCCACCAUCAAGCUCUCCAAAUCCAAGGACUUCUACCCCGGCACCACGGAGCGCGUGUGCCUGGUGCAGGGCACGGCUGAGGCGCUGGGCGCGGUGCACAGCUUCAUCGCCGAGAAGGUGCGGGAGAUCCCGCAGGCCGUGGCCAAGCCCGACCCCGUCGGCAUCUUGCAGCCCCAGACCACCAUGAACCCUGACCGUGCCAAGCAGGCCAAGCUGAUCGUGCCCAACAGCACGGCGGGGCUCAUCAUCGGCAAGGGCGGCGCCACGGUCAAGGCCAUCAUGGAGCAGUCGGGCGCCUGGGUGCAGCUGAGCCAGAAGCCGGACGGCAUCAACCUGCAGGAGCGCGUGGUGACGGUGAGCGGCGAGCCCGAGCAGGUGCACAAGGCCGUGGGGCUCAUGGUGCAGAAGAUCCAGGAG